AUGGCAACUGCAAGUCAUAUCGAGCUGAACCCAGCAUCUGCUGGAGUAUACCACGCACCAGAAAUCACGUCCGAGUCGGGCAAAGUUGCAAGUCAACUGCUUCAAGAAAAUCAUGAUAGGUAUCAUAUGUAUUUCAACCCGAGCGGUUUUCACAAUCACAUCGCCCAUCAUCUGUUGACGAUUUAUGCGCUGGGCGCUACCCCGGGUGAGUUGAAUGAAGCCUUUGACCAUAAUAAAGGAUAUCAAAGGCCACUUCCGGCGGUGCAGGACAGGAUCGUCGAGGAUAUGACGGAUCGUGAGAAGUUCAAGCAGUAUCUGGGAAAGGAGCGCUAUUUCCACGACUAUGCCGACUAUUUCCGCAAAGACAUUGAUGAAAAGGGUUGGGAGGCUGUGUUGAAUGAGCAUUUGUUUGCUGGAGAUGAACAUGCCGAAAGAUUGCUUACGAGGUUGUAUGCCGGUUUUCUUCAUCCCAUCAUUCAUCUCGGGUUUGGAGUGGAGUUCAAACAACCAGCGAUCAUCGUUGAAGCACUUGCUCAAACGGCUACGCAUGACAAUUGGAUUGCUCCGUUCCUACUUACCGCUGAGGAGAAGGCUAGAACUUCCACCAAAAAGUCAAAGAGUCUUGUGCAGUUGAUCCACGAAGCGCAAAAGAAUCCAAAGCUCCGAUCAUCAGCUCAUUGGGAUGACGGGAACAAGAUACGAGAUGGCGUUCUGGUGCGUGCACCGGAUGAGAUGCUGGAGCUGGCUUCUCAAUGGACGGUCAAACCUGAGGAGCUCAAACAGAAGACGGCUGAAAUGAUCGGUGCAUCCAUAUAUUUCACAGGCGCAGCUCAACACCCUCCCAAGAAGGUCAAGUUUGAUUUCUACUACAUGCACUGCGUCAACAGCUCGAUCUUCUUCUCGACUCUGAUCAAGGAACCCUGGCUUAGCACGGAGAACAAGUGCAGGAUACUGGAAUGGAAGGGGCGCAUAGAUCUAGCGCUGUAUGUCUCUCGUGCAUGUCCAGAACUGUUGCUCGACGAGAUCAAGAACUACAAACCGAAGAACCCAGAAGAUGGUUGGGCAGGCAUUGUUCGAAGAGUGGAUGCACUCCCCGACGAUGGCCAUGCAAGCAAAUUAGUGAGAGCUAUUGCACACGGCGAGCAGGCUUGCAAACCAUAUGAAGGUGAAGCCGACGAUGUUUUCCCUCUCAAGGGCAACAUGUGGGAAUUGCUAGGACACAUGGCUAUUGACUCGGUUGAGGGUAGCCGAGAGGAUAGUUGGGUUCGAAGCGCUGGGUUUGAGCAAGCCUGGCAGAACGUGCCUGAGAGGGCAAAGCUGUGA